UGUGUGUGAGGACUGCUGAUUGGAAGAUGUGUGUUGAACUUGGCGCUUCUGUCCCUGCGCACUGGAGGCUCUCCCCUCACCGCUCCUCUGUGUUUUCGAGCUGAGCGCUCACACCUGAAGUGACAGGGAGGGAGUGAGGCUCGGAGAGGCUCCGAGCUGUGAUGACGGCAGCCCACGGAGCUGCCCAGCCUGCUUCUACUGUAAAGCGACUGCAGGGCACAUUUGGAGAACUAGUCAGCAGGGAAAUAUCCAAAGGGAGGGGGACGCGCGCAUGUGACAGGCUUUGGACGUUUCCAUUUAUACCCGUCGGGCAGGGAAUUGAAUCUCUCCAUCGGGAGGUGCGUUAUUAUUAAAAUCACUGGCGACUGGUAUUUUUUCAAACAUUGCACGCCUGCGUCCGUCGCCUGCGGAUCGUCACAGCACCAUGCGAGCAGGAGAGACGCGCCCUGUGCCAUGCUGAACGACUCUCCGACUCUCCUGCUGGCUCUCACAGCGGUGGCCGGACUUCUCCAGCGAUGCCAAGGCUGGAGCGACGAAGACCUCCUCCUGCCGCCCAUCAACUCCUCCAACAGGUUCCUGGCCAACCUGGAGGUGGACGUGCGCUUCUCCAAGAGGUCCGUGGAGGAGAGCGAAGCCUCGCCCGACGCCUCCUCCCUGCAGACUCUGUCCCAGUGCAACGUGAGCGUCCAGAGACUCCAGCCCACCUCGCUGGUGGCCCGCUGGGACAGCAGCUUCGGCUUCCAGUGUGAUGUGCUCAUCUACACCACCAACAACCACGGAAGGGCUUUUUUCUCCGCGUCUUUCAACAGGGCGAUCUCGCCUGUCGUCAUCGAGCAUCUCGGGGUCACCGGGGGUCAGCAGGAGUUGAGGCUGUGCGUGGGCUGCGGGAUGUCCCGGUACCGGAGGUUUGGGCAGGGCAGGUCGAGGGGCCAGCAGACCGGGGAUCAGAUCACUUUCUGCUGCGUGGAUUUCAGCCUCGACGAGCUGAAGGGGGACAAAAGUUGGAGGCUGAACAGAAAGCCCAUCGAGUCGACACUUGUGGCUUGUUUCAUGACUUUGGUCAUCAUUGUGUGGAGUGUUGCUGCUCUCAUAUGGCCAGUCCCGAUCAUUGCAGGAUUUCUGCCUAAUGGGAUGGAGCAGAGGAGACCGAGAUAAUUAAAAUAAUCUUUAUUAUAAUUAGCCUGUGCUGCCUAUACUAUAACUGUAGCCAUUCAACUGUUCACCUGAAUGAAUGAUUCAGCCGAAUGCUGAGCUUUGGAGAACUUUUUGAUGAGAUGCUUUAGUUUUGGGGGUCUUCUUUAACAGUUAUUAAAGCUCCUGCUCAUUAGGACAACCAAGGUAAAGUAUGAUGGAUUAUACUAGCCAAUAGUAAUCUAUACUGGGACCAAUGUGUUUUGUAUACCCUUGUAGGCCUUCCUAUAGAUUAUGUCAGCGUAAACUGUGCGAACUUUUCUCUUUAAACAGUGUUUGUAUAGUUUUUAAUCUUUCUAGAAAGUUU